CAACAGUUGAAUCUGUCAAAAUGUGUCAACAGAGAGAGCUGCAAUGAUUUCAGUUUUAGACAAAAAUGCCUUCGUUUGGACACCGCAGUAGUUAGCCCAUACGUAACCGUCAUGAGUGGUGCAGUCCAACAGAUCACUGUAGUUACUGAUCCAGACACCCCUUACUUCCUGCGAGUGGACUGGGCCGAGGACUUGGGUGCUGGGUUCACAUUGGCUCUCACUGAUGGCAACUCAGCAUGGAUUGGAGAAGUUUCAGAAGAUGAGGUGUCAAGGGAAGCCAGCGAUAUGGGAGUCACAAGGGAAAGAUAUGUUGAGGAUCUUCUUCAAGCCCUAACAGGAGGUGAUGGAGGAAGAGGAAGAAGAGAGGGCGACAAGGAGGUGUAUUCUUUCCACGUCACUCCUGAUCACUGUCAUCUCUCAUAUCAGAAGCCCUGUGGUGACAUCUCGGUGCACUUGGGUUCGGUGGAGCUCCAGCCAGCUCCAGAUCCUCUAGAGCUGAACCGGGAGAUGAUUGGCCAGUCCCUGAAGCGCAGUGCAGAUCUGGAGUCAAAAAACUACCAGCUGUUGGAGGAGAACCGUAGACUGAAACGGGAGCACCAGAGGAUACUCAGAGAGUUGGAGAAGCAUGUUAAGGAUAAGGAGAUGUCGGAGGGGGCGCUGUACUCACGUUUCGUCAUGGUGUUGAAUGAGAAGAAGGCAAAGAUCAGAGGCCUGCAGGGGGCUGUCCGCCAGCUCCAACAGACUAAUGAGGAGCGGAGACAGAGUGACAAUGACACAACUCAUGGUGAAGAUGACAGUCAGGACAGAAGAGAGGAGACAGUUCAGAGCUUCCAUCCAUCUCAGGAGCCAACUAUUCUCAUCUCAGGUCAUAAUCUGGUGAGCCAGGGCAUCUCUUUGGACCGGACUUUUUCUGAUGACGAAGAUGAACAACCGAGACGGAAGCGUAGGUUUCUUCCCACCCCGAGCCCAGAGGCUUCUGAUCAGGACUAAAACAGCAGCUUUAGGUCCUGAGGUCAUCACAGUGUGUCUUCACACUGACAGUAAUGAACCUAUGGAGACCUAUUCAGGAUCUUCAUCUGACCAUUCUACCUUUGACAUCUGGACCUUUCUGCUGUCUUUUAUGAUUCUGAUGAUACCUAAAUGUCUGCUGAAGACCACGGGUGGCUGCCUGGAUAAUCCCACAACACGCGCUUGCUGCUUUAGUAAUCCCCACAGGAAUGUCACACUCUCUCCUCUAUACAUCCCAUAAAUAAGGUGUACUUUAAAGGGAAGCCCAGAUCAGUUUCUGAGGAUAAUUUACAGAUGAGUGCAUGACGUCGUCUGAUGGGGGGUGAAACAAAGUGUGAAAGAGUAGGAAACUAUCCUGAAUAUUUCAGUCAGUGGUUUCAUCUAGAAUAUUACAAUAACAUGCUUAGUUAUUGAAUGCAGAAUAUUCUUAAAAGGCUUAUUUGUAUAUGUGUUGUUUCCUUAUUUUUUUACAUUUUUUUUCUCAUUUUAAAGACAAUCAGUUGUUAUAAGAAUAAAUAUUUAUUUUGAUUUUACACACAAUAAAUGCUCCCCUAGAAAUGUAUUAAAAAUACACGAAGGAGAAAAUGAUUAAUAAUUAUUAAUUAUUUUAAUGUGCAAACCAUUGUAAAUGUUUUUCAAACAUUAUCUGGGUAAAUGUCUGUUGUGAAGUGUCUCACAAGACGAGGCACGUUAAUUUCAACUUGAUCUAAAUAAAGAUUUUACUUUGCAAAAUA